GUCAAACUGAUUCACUUGCUAUUUCUUAAUUCGCCCACGCCAAUAUAUAUGGUAAUGGAACACCUUGCUGGUAGCAACGUCCCUAGUUGCAGCGGGGAGGAGAUCACAAAGACGGUGAAGACGGGGAGGAAAAGAUCAAGCAAAGGAGGCGGAGGCGGAGGCUGCGUCGGGGGCAUGAGCGGCGGUGGUGGCGGGAGUGUGAAGCUGUCGACGGACCCGCAGAGCGUGGCGGCGAGAGAGAGGAGGCACCGCAUAAGCGACCGCUUCAAGAUACUGCAGAGCCUGGUGCCGGGAGGGGCCAAGAUGGACACCGUCUCCAUGCUCGACGAGGCCAUUCACUACGUCAAGUUUCUCAAGGCUCAGAUAUGGCUCCACCAGGCCAUGAUCGGAGGACUCCUCCAGCACGACGCCAUCGACCCUGUCGCUCCGCCUUCUGCUGCGGCGGCAUUAAUCCCUCCGACGUCCGAUCAUUAUGAGUCUCUUCAUAUUUUUAGUCCUUGUAAUCAUGAUGAUGAUCUGAAUGCAAAUGCUACUUCCUGCUCAUCGCUGAACACCUCAGUGCCGCUACCGGAGUGCGUCUGGUCUCAAGCUGAAGAUAAUAUUGCAACGUUUUAUGAUCCCUACGUACAAUAUUAACUACUAGCGACUACUUAGGUCAUCUCUCUCUCUCUCUUGUGGGUGUCAAAAGCUACGUACGUACGUACAUACGUACUUUUGUAUGGGGAAGGCGAGAUUUAGGAUCAAUUAGCUGUUGUAAUGUGCAUGGUUAAUUACGAGUGUUUUUACUUAAGGGACUAUGCAAAUUCUAUCUCGAUCCUCACCCCCCCCCCCCCCCCCCCCAAAACUCCCUUUUUGUUGUUUCAAUUUUUUGGCUGUAGUAAAAAAGUAAAAGUACA